UCGACUUUUCCUAGCCUCGAAAAGUCUCUGUCAAGUCUUGAUUCCCAAAUAAACUAAAUAUAAAAAAUUAAAGCAAGACGAGAGAAAUUUGAAGAUAGAAAAAUACAAAGAAAGUGAAGGAAAGUUUUAGCCAAACACAAAGAAAUAGAAAACAGAGCGAAAGAGAGAGAGCUAAACAGUAGACAGAGAGUAUGAAGCACAUUUUCAAGAAGUUACACAUAGGAAGCAACAACGAGUCAUCACCAAAUCGAACAAGUAACGACACCGCCACGAGCGCAUCGACACCUCCACCACCGCCACCAUCAUGUUCCUCCGAUCACCUAGCUGCCGGAACGGGAAAUUCACCGGCGAACCCUCCAUCAACAUCGCCUUCACCGGCGACGACAGCGCAACCGUUGGCGUUUGGUAAUCGGACGGAUUACUUUGCGUCGGAGGAGGACUUUCAGGUGCAAUUAGCGUUGGCGAUUAGCGCGUCGAAUUCGGAGUUUAGAGAUGAUCCGGAGAAGGAUCAGAUACGUGCCGCGACGUUGUUGAGUUUAGGAGGAGGGAAUAAUCGGAUUGAUGUGGACAGAGAGAAAGGAGAGGGAAAAGUGGAGGAUUUGUCGAGGUAUUAUUGGGAAUAUAACGUUCUUGAUUAUGGGGAGAGAGUGAUGGAUGGUUUCUAUGAUGUGUUCUGCACAAGCUCAGCAGUUCAAGGAAAAAUGCCAUCCCUCAUGGACCUAGAAACAAAUGCUGGCGGUUCUGGUUUUGAAGCAGUAAUAGUUAAUCGAAAAGUUGAUCCUGCCUUGGAAGAGCUGAUGCAAAUUGCACAAUGUAUUGCAUUAGACUGGCUUGCAACCGAUGUUACUAUUUUGGUGCAGCAGCUGGCUGAACUUGUUACAGGACACAUGGGUGGCCCAGUAAAGGAUGCCAACUUGAUUUUGGCAAAGUGGAUGGACAGAAGCACAGAGUUAAGAACUUCUCUUCAAACUAGUGUUUUGCCUAUUGGGUCCAUAAAUAUUGGUCUGUCUCGACAUCGAGCGUUGCUUUUCAAGGUGUUGGCUGAUACCAUUAAGUUACCUUGUCGACUGGUGAAAGGUAGUCAUUACACUGGCAUUGAGGACGAUGCUGUCAAUAUAAUAAAGUUAGAGGAUGAAAGAGAGUUUUUGGUUGAUCUCAUGGCAGCUCCCGGUACACUUAUACCAGCUGAUGUUCCUAGUGCAAAAGACACUACCUUUAAGAUCCCUGCUCCUCGCUCUAAUGAAACUGGAGUGGUUUUUGCUAGAUCAAAACCAUUAACUGGCGAAGGCACUAGUCAGAACUCUUCAGUGGAUGGCAUUUCGCCUUUGGAUAGAAUAUUAUGUUCUGAAAAUGCAGAAUCCCUGCCUUCUUUCUCUGAUUCAAGUAAGAAUGCUGGUGUUGGUUCUUCUGGAGUAUCAAAUAAAACAGCUCCUACAAAUCAGCUUGGUAAUAUAGCUUCCACAGCCUUUGGGACUUCUGUAUACAAAGGGAUUCGUGGGGUGCAUGCAAUUGGUGAUGGUUUGCGGAUGAAUGUUAAUGUAGUUCCAUAUGUUCCUAAUACCUCAGAGGAUUCUAAAAACCUUUUUGCAGAUCUUAAUCCAUUCCAGAUCAAGGGAACUGGCAAAAGUUUCAUGCACAACAAACCUGCAGAGAAUAAAAUUAAUGAGUUUCAAGGACGGAAAAAUAACCCCGUUCCCAGCCCACCUGCACCAUUGAUGUGGAAGAAUCGAUUUGCUUACAAUGAGGUGCCUAGAAGAAAAGAUAAUGAUAAUGUGGAGGGCCUUUAUCCUAGAAUCAAUCGGGAACCUAAUAAUUAUAAUCACUCCUCCUUAGCUUCCACCAGUUUGUCUGAAAAAGUUUAUCCACAGGGUUUUAAGUCAUCCAGUAAUUUAAAUACAUCCAAUAGAGAAAGUGACACCAGGAAUUCUGCGAGCAGUGCCAGUUCAGAAUUGUCAUCAUAUACUAAUCAAGGCUACAGUUUGCCUUCUGUUGAGGAAGUAAACUCAAAUUUUGAAGAAAAACUCUGGGAUGCAAAGAAUUUGCAAAAUGACAUGGAAGCCUCGGUUAAAGAAAGUGAAGACAGUGAAAUUGGUUUCCAUGACCGUAGAAAGUGCAUACAUGACAGAUUUAUGGGGACCAAUCUAAAGCUGAAGGGUCCAGAAAGUCCUAGCACAUCAGUUGAUUCCAGCACUCACAGGGUUGAUCGAAUAUUGGAUGACGUAGAUGUAGGUGAUGAAAUUUGCUGGGAAGAUUUGGUUUUUGGUGAAAGGAUUGGACUAGGUUCAUAUGGGGAGGUCUAUCACGCUGAUUGGAAUGGCACGGAGGUUGCUGUGAAGAAGUUCUUAGACCAGGAUUUCUCAGGUGCUGCUUUGGAUGAAUUCAAAAGAGAAGUUCGAAUAAUGCGUAGAUUGCGUCAUCCAAAUGUUGUUCUUUUUAUGGGUGCUGUUACUCGACCUCCAAACCUGUCUAUCAUCACAGAGUUUCUUCCAAGAGGAAGCUUAUACCGUAUUCUACAUCGUCCUCAGUGUCAAAUUGAUGAGAAGCGUAGAAUAAAGAUGGCUCUCGAUGUGGCAAGGGGCAUGAACUGCUUGCAUGCCAGUACACCAACAAUAGUUCAUCGGGAUUUGAAGUCGCCAAAUCUUUUGGUUGAUGAAAACUGGACUGUCAAGGUUUCUGAUUUUGGGCUCUCACGCUUGAAGCAUAACACCUUUUUAUCAUCCAAAUCAACUGCAGGAACGCCUGAGUGGAUGGCACCUGAAGUUCUCCGUAAUGAACCCUCAAAUGAGAAGUGUGAUGUAUAUAGCUUUGGAGUGAUUCUUUGGGAACUUGCUACGCUAAAAUCGCCAUGGAGUGGGAUGAACCCUAUGCAAGUUGUGGGUGCAGUUGGUUUCCAGAACCGUCGUCUUGAAAUCCCGAAGGAAGUUGAUCCCCUGGUUGCAAGGAUAAUUUGGGAAUGUUGGCAGACUGAUCCAAACUUGCGCCCCUCAUUUGCAGAGCUGGCAGUCGCUCUCAUGCCUUUGCAGCGGCUGGUUGUCCCCUCACAUCUAAGAUCAAUUUAGCCCACCUCCGCAACAGGAAAUUUCAGUAAAUUCUACACCUCGAGAUGUCUCAGUUUUGCAAUUGUGAAUAUGGAGACAUUCUGUUAUUGGCCUUUGGUGAGGCGCGCCAUUGUAUGAAAUCCCAACAAAAAAAAAAAAAAAAAACAAAGAAAGAAAAAAGAAAGAAAGAAAGAAAAGAGAAAGAAAAGAUUACAAAAAUUGUAGGCAGUGUUUGGUGUAAGUAAUAUACUUGAGCUGCUGCUGCCGCCAAAUGAGCAUAGCAGCUCCUUGUACAGUUCGGUUUCCAUGAAUGUGCAUUAAGGAAUUGGAACUACGUUACAGGUGUGUUAUGACCUUGGGACAUUUGUCAUUUUAAAAUAGAAUUGCAAAUGUGAGUGUUACACA